AUGUGGACUCGGUGCGCGAUAAUUGUUUUUGCUCUCCUAAGCGCGGUUGCUUGUUUUCCCGAUGGUCGCAUUGUUAACGGUACAGCGACUGUGAUUGCCAAAUAUCCAUUUAUGGUCUCUCUGCGCUUAGCGAAGGGCGCGCAUACUUGCGGUGCGAGCAUCAUUGCGCCCCGCUGGAUACUUACGGCUGCGCAUUGCGUGUACCAGCGCGCUGCCAAGGAUCUCAGCAUUCAGUUCGCCGCAACGGUAAUCAGUCGAUACCAAGGCGACUUCGCGCCAGUCGAACGCAUUAUAGUGCAUGAGAAUUAUACGCCGGGCGGCUCAUAUGCCAAUGAUAUUGCCCUGGUAAAAUUAUAUGACGGUCUAGUUUAUGAUUAUGUGCAUGUGGCGUCGGUUGCAUUACCGGAUCCAUACUUUGAGGUGCCGCAGACGGAGACAGGCGCUGCUGGUGUGCUGCUCGGUUGGGGUUUGAAUGCUUCUGGCGGCGUCAAUACGCCGACACUGGAGGAUGUUCACCUGAAAGUGUAUUCCGAUUGCGUGUGCGGCACACGUCUUGGUGGCCAGACUGAUGCCAAUCAGUUAUGUGCUGGCGUGGAUGAUGGCGGCAAGGGCCAGUGCACAGGUGAUUCCGGUGGUCCUCUGCUCUAUAAGGGCAGCAUACAGUUGGGUAUCGUAUCGUGGAGCGUGAAACCGUGUGGCGUCAAGUACUAUCCGGGAGUUUAUACAAAAGUGUCGCACUACAUUGGCUGGAUACGUAAUCAUACCGAUGCAGUUGUUUGA